AUGGAGGUUUGCUUGGAGAAGGGUGGUCUGAAGCAGCGGCCAUUUGAGAGGUCUUCGGGGCUGAGCAAGCUGCAGAGGAGAGACCUGGCGGAGGUGGUCUUGGAGUACUGCAGGCCCUGCGCUCAUUUGGACUCCACGCUGGAGGGCCUCUGCAGCGACCUGGAGCAGAUCCAGUGGUCCGAGGUGGCAGCUUUGGCGUCGCUGGGCCGAGAGGCUCCGCCGCCCUCCUGGCUGCCGAACAGGGAGGAGAAGCCGCCAAAGGUGCAGGAGCCGCAGGAGCCGCUGAGCCGCCAGACGGAGAUUCGACAGCAGACCUGUUCGGACACCGGCGGCUCCCCGACGGCGAAUGUCCCGCGGGUGGACGGCGAGCGGAAGGAAACGGCGGCCGAAAGGCCUGCGGUGCCGUCCUUGCCGCUGGCGAGAGCCCAGGCGGAUCCGGCAGAAGUGGUUCAGCAGCGCUUGCAGGAGAUCUUGCAGCGGGGGCAGCAAGAGCGCUUGGAUCUGCGGAGCCUCCAGGCCACUCUUCAGCGACUCUUGAUCGAGCGAGUGAAGCUAGCAUGA